UUGAAUAAUAGAUUAAUUUUUCAUUAAUUUUUACUAAACAAUAUCGGUGAAGUUAAUAUACGAAGUUUCAUUUCAAUUUUUCCUAACUCAUAAUUGAUGCCUUCUACGAGCCAAACGAGAAUAACCUGAGUUUUCAGUUUGUAUUAUGAAUGUGUACUACGCCCAUGAUAAUCUAAAUCGAGAUCCGGGCGUGAGCGAUUGCGAUACGAUGGCCGAAUUAGCCGCUUUGUUGAGAUCCGAGAUCCCGGAGGGGCGUAGCAGCCUGUCCGAGAACCACACGAACCUUCAACGAGUGGCCGAAUACUGCGAAGCCAACUAUUUCCAAAACGAAAACAAACGGCUGGCCCUGGAGGAAACGAAAAACUACACCACCCAAUCCCUGGCCAGUGUAGCCUAUCAGAUAAACACUCUCGCAUACAAUUUCUUGCAAUUGCUCGAUCUCCAGACCACCCAAUUAUCCGAAAUGGAGAGCCAAAUGAACCACAUUUCCCAGACCGUAAUGAUACACAAAGAAAAAGUAGCCAGAAGGGAGAUCGGCGUACUGACUGCCAAUAAAUCCACUAACAGACAGUACAAAAUUAUCGCACCGGCAAAUCCUGAAAAACCCAUCAAGUAUUUGAGAAAAGCCAUCGAUUAUACCAUAUUCGAUGAUAUUGGGCACGGUGUAAGAGGCUCCGGUACACCGAGACAACAGAAACAAAGAGUAUCGAGUCAGGGUAGCAUACAUUCCUUGAAUUCCAUGCAGGGUAAUCCCAUGGUAGGUCCAGCACCAACUACUAAACCCCCUACACCGCCUCAAGUGUCUCGAACAUCCAGCAAAGUUUCCGUUACUGGCGGCACGUUAAGCAAAGGCAGCCGAGAAUAUAGAACACCUCCCGCUGUAGCUCCUCCACAGGUGCCUAGCCAUUACGCUCCGAACUACCCCAUCGGGCAUCCCCGUCGCGAAAGAGGCCCCGGUUACGGCACCUUACCCAUGACCGGAGCCCACCAGAGCGCCCCGCAAGUCGGCAUGGUCCAUCCGAUGACCCAGCAACAGCAGGUUAUCCAGCCACAAACGCCGCCUCCGCCCCCGCCGCCCGAUUCCAGAAACUACAUGCAGGAGCAGCACAUGAGCAUGCCUCCUCCUCCGUCUCCGUUGAUAAACACCCAGGAGAUGGUGCUCUCGUCGAACCAGCACCAUCCGAUGAUGAUGGGGGGCCAGCACGUGCCCGUACCGCAGGGCAGCCUCGGCAUGCAUACCUUGUCUCACGCCCAGGGCCAUCGCAUUUCGCAGCAACUGGCCGCGAACUUCGCCAGGCAGAACAGCGGCGCCCAGUCGCCGCCUUUGCCGCCGCCGCCGCCGCCGGAGGACGAGCACGAGGCGUUCGGUAGGCCCCACAGUUCGGGCGUCAUGCCGAUCGUGCCGGACGAGGAGGAUCUGCCCGGGUGGGUGCCGAAGAAUUACAUCGAGAAAGUGGUGGCUAUUUAUGAUUAUUACGCUGACAAGGACGAUGAGUUGAGUUUUCAGGAGAGUUCGGUUAUAUACGUGUUGAAGAAGAACGAUGAUGGUUGGUGGGAAGGUGUCAUGGAUGGUAUAACGGGGCUCUUUCCGGGGAAUUACGUGGAACCUUGCGUAUAAAAGCGAUAGUUUUAUUAUUGAUUUAUGACAUUAGCACGUUUUAAAUUUACAUUUAAGGAUAUCACAUUUCUUUACAUUGAUUUUAGAAUCAUUUGAUAUUGUUGCGGAUCUACUGUGAUACGUUUCUUUUCUGAAAUAGUUAAAAAUUUGUUUGAAAUUUUCCACGAAAUAGCUGAAUUUUGCUAAUUUAGACUACAUUUGAAUAUUAGUUAUCGAAUUGCACGACUUGUCACAAGUUUAAACUAUUUAUCUGAAGUUAUUCCAUGAAGUAUAUUAUGAUUGUAUGUAUUUAGUUUUAUUCUUCUAUAUUCAUCUUUGCCUUAUGUGUGCAAUUUGAGCCAAGUUUUUUCCGUAUUACUAGCAUAGAAUUUUAUAUUAAUGUAGGAUAAAUACACUCUAGGAAUAGUAGAUAUUAAAUUUUUUAUGUUACAAUUUAUUUAAUUCGAUAGGGAUAGUCAUGUUGGCUCUUAUACAAAAACUGCCUAUUAUCUGUAUAGUAUUUUAUAUUGCUUUUAUGCUAUGGGUUUGUAAUAAGUACAUUACAUUUUUAGAGAACAUGGUACAAUUAGGAAAAUUUAUUUGAGCUUAGUUUAUGAUUUUACGAAUAAAGCAAAUAUUGAUGAAUAUUUAUUUAUUUACAUUAUUUUGUUGUUUCAUAAAAGUUUUUAGCUACAUCAAGAACAUCCUUUACAUCUUCAUAACGUUCACCUUUAGGCAAAUAUGGAGGAGUAAAUUCUCUAUAUGCCAGGCAAACUCUUCGACUAGUUAUAUCUUCUCGCAACACCUGAUGCUCCCAAUCGUACCUAGCAGCUCCGUAUAUCACCAGCAGGGAUCUUUUAGGCAUUGGUAUCCUCACAAUAGGAUAUAUUUCACCUUCUUGCAACCACUUAACAUGGUAAUUGCUGUUAUCUGUGCUAAUUUUUCCCCUUUCAGUUAGUACAGAAGGAUAACUCUUUACGCAGUCCAAAUUGUAUCUGUUAGGCUUGUCGUUGUAAGUCAUGGUAAGUACGGAAUCGGCAAGUAAAUUCACAGUGAUUAUUCUUUCUCCCCAUAUCCAGCAGUCGUCGAUGUGAGGAUCGAUGUGGGCCCCUUUUUCCGGAGCGUACUCUAAAGAACAUUGCUCGAUAACUUCAUAAUCGUUUAGCAUGUCGAUCGAUCGGAAUUUAUCCUGUACGAACUUUGUAUUGAUCGGAAAACCGUUAAAGUUGCCUAAACUGAUCUUUCGUUUUUUGAAAUUGCAUUUCGGGCCGAAAUUCUGCUUCCUUCUGCCGCUUUGAGAGAGAUCCCAGGGCAUCGAAUCGAGCGCUUCGAUUAGCCCCUGUUCUUCUUCCUCUGUUAAAAAAUCGGGGUCUAUGUAGAUUCCUGGGUAUUCUAUCGGUUCUCCUUCGUGAUUCUCGUGUGGAUUAUCCUCCACAUUCCAGCCCGGCCAAGCUUUAUUGCACUUGUAACAGUAGAUGUAUUUGCCAUUUUGGAUAUUCAAGUUGUUUGUUUUGAUUAUAUUGAAUUCGUUUUCGCACGUAUAACAAGAUCUUGAACCUUUGCAUCCGCAGGAUCUAGUUUUAUGCAUUAUAAUAAUUGCAGUACAUAAAAUGAAAUAAAAAUAUUUUGUAUUAACUUUAUUUUUAUUUAACCUAAAAGUUCUUCUUUU